AUGGAUGGAGUUCAGAGAAAUUUCAGUAUGAUGGCCGAGAAAAUCGAUCGAAUGCGAUGUUUAAGGGAGCGAUGCGACAAUUAUGUCAGACUAAUAAAACUAACACUUGAUGAAACGAUAAAAGAACAAAAUUCCCUUUUGGAUGGAUCAGCUAUUCAUAAUAGACUAAAGUAUCUAGGUGUAAUGGAUAAACCUAAAUCAUUAUCAAACACAUUCAAUACUGAUAAAUAUCAUAAGAAUAUAGAUUUUAAUAACAAGUACAAGUAUUUAGUGUUUGAUGAUGAUUUGGUUUUUAGACAACAUAAAAAAAAAUCUAACUUAAAUACAAAUGAUAUGUAUUUAUCAAAUGAUUAUAGCAGCUACAAUACUAACUAUAAACCCCGAGUUCAUGACUUUUCAACGGUGUAUGAUGAUCAGCAUAACACAUAUUAUAUGCCAAUCAAUUCUAAAAAAUAUGGAAAAACCACGAACUUUCGAACACCGGAUACUCAAGAAUACCAAGUAUAUUAUUUUCCUACAUCAAAACCUAUAGCUCAAUAUCCUCGACAAACUACUGAGAGAUUUUACAGACGAAAACCUAUUAAGCAAUACCCAAAAGAAGAAGUUCCUUAUUGGCCAACACGGUAUCCAAAGCCAGUGAGAGUUAUUGAACGAGAGCCAUCUUAUUCAAUGAUUGAUUAUGGUUACCGAAGUACAAAUGAUUAUCGCAUUGGUAAAUCAAAUAUUCAGCCGUAUACACCUGAACAUCGUUCAAGAUAUUAUCCAACAAAUGAUAAUAAUAUUUAUCACGGUCAUGAUGAUAGUGAUUAUUAUUAUGAGCCUCAUUUGGGGCAGCGAUCUUUUUCUAGUAUAACAAGACCAUGUUCACCCGUAUAUCAUCGAGAUAUUUUGUGUGAUAGAACUCAAAUAGAAAAUUCCAGCAGUUUACUUGAAAAAAAAAUCCGAGAUUAUGUAUGGAACCCACACAAAGAACGCAUUGAAAAGUAUACGAUUCCAAGUUAUGAAAAGUCCACCUAUUAUACCGAUUUCAAACCAUUAAAUAUUAAACAUCAAGGAGAUGAAACAUUCAGAACACGUUCACCAUUAGGACUAGAUUACCGGGCACGCAAUAGAAAAAACGAGGUAACCAAAGAAAGUGAGUAUAAAAAAAACUCAAUACUUACGACGUCACCAGAAAGAAGACCUGCAGAUGACGAAUAUAUUCAACCGCACAAAGACAAUGAUCAUUAUUCUGAAUCUACAAUAUAUAAAAAAAAAACUGAAACACCUUCGACUUUUUCCAAGCGAAUUAGUUUUGAUCUUGGUAAUGAACAUAUUGAUCCACCUAAUCAUACAAAUUUAAUUGAAGAAAAUACUAAUGAAAAUUAUAACACAAAAAAUAAAUUAGUUUUGGGAAGAAAAGAAUCAAAUGCAAAACUCGAUGAUAAUCGUCGAACAUCGUUAUUGGCAAAAGAUGAUUACUCAGUUUCCAUAAGCAAACAAAAGAUUUCACCAAGUCAUACAAAUGUAAGCUCAAGAAGGCAAUCUUUAAUUAAACAAGAAAAGUUAGCUUCAAUCGGAAAUUCUCUUGAAUCUGAUAACUAUAUAAAUUUGAAAAAUAAUUUUCAAGGAAAUGAUUCUGGUUUGUCAGAAAAAAACGUACAUUCUUACAAUAAUGAUAGAAUAAAUUAUGAUAAUAAUAAUGAUAUUCAGAUUUAUCCGAAGACACAAGAUGAUAAAAACAAUGUUAUGCUUAAAGAUAUAUCAAAUGAAAAUACAUACCGUGAUCUCAGACGUGAUAGCAAUGAAAAUAACAAAAAAAAAUUGAUUGAAACAACAGAAAAAACAAAUUUUGGUUAUCAAGAUCACACAGAAAAUACCAUGAAUAUAAAUGAUAACUCAAAUAUCACUAAACGCAGAGAAAGUUACAAGGGUGAACAAAAGUUGAAAAAAGAAAAUACUCAUGGUAGUACAACAAGUUCUAAUGGAAUGGAUAAUAAAUUAGAGAAUGAAUAUAAUAACAAAAAUGGUACAAAUGUAUCGUCUAAAAAUAGGAUUAGCUCACCCAUAGUUGAUCAUAGGAAUGGAAAUAGUAAUAUGAACGAAUAUGAAACUGAUAACCAACAACAAUUUAUUAAUAAAUCUGAUAGUGUGGAAAAACAAAACAAUUCUGAAACUAUUCAACCACAUAAUGUUGUUAAUGAUUCAACCAAUGAAAUAGAUAUUAUUAGUAAGGUAACACAAGUAAGUUCUGAUUUGAAAACAAUUCCAAAAGACCAAGAACCAUUACAUGAUAUUUCGAAUAACGACCUUACGAAUAAUACAAAUUAUUAUCAAGAUCAUCCUGAUGAAGACGACACAAAAGAACUCCCAGCUCAUGAGUAUGAGACACAACCGGAACAUGUUGCUAGCGACGAACACUUUUAUACAGAUGAGCUCGUUGACGGUAACAAAGAAGUCGUAAUAAACAACAACAUUGAGCCCAUCCAACAAGACGAAUUUGAUGACAAAAACAAUGUACACGAUGAGUAUUAUUAUCAAAAUCCUACGGAUGACAAAAAAGAAAAUCUAACAGAAAACCAAUACGAGAAUCCUGAUUCUCAAGUAAAAGAUGUCGAAAAACAACACGCUAAUGAUGAUUAUUACUAUGAAAACUAUUCUAAUGUUGACCAACAAGAACAACCAGAAAAUCAAUAUUCCAAACCGGCUGUAGAAGGAGAAUAUACAGGUGAGCACGUUGAGCACGACGAUUAUUACUAUCAAAAUCAUGCUGGAGAUGAAAUAAAAGAGCAACAAGGAGAUCAACAGUAUGUUGACCCUAACUAUCAGGGAAAUUACGUUGAUCAACCACCGGCUCACGAUGACUAUUAUUAUCAAGACUAUUCUAAUGGUGAUCCAAAAACACAACCAGAAAAUCAAUACACCGAAUCAGAUCACCAAGGAGAGUACGUAGCUGAGCAAAAUAAUAUGGUCCAUGACGAUUAUUAUUACCAAAAUCAUCCAAAUGAAGGUAAAAAUGAAAAUCAAGUUGAUCAACACUAUCAAGAGCAUCAGGAAAAUUAUGUUAAUGGAGAACAAGACAACUAUUAUUACGAGAAUAAUUCUAAUGUUAACACAGAAAGGCAUCCUGAAGACCAAUAUGACGAAAAUGCUCAACAGGAAACAUACACAGGUGAUCAGCACACAAAUGACGGUUACUAUUAUCAAGAAGGCAAUACAAAUUACGACGAGACUGUCCCAAAAGAACAAUAUGAUGGUUAUGUUGAUAACAACCAAGACGCUAAUGCAGCUUAUUAUACAGAUCCAAAUGUCGAAAAUUAUGACCAACAACAACAUGAUUAUGAAAACAAUAGUUACCCAACACAAAAAUCAGAAUAUAUAGAACCAUAUGAACAAAAUUCUAACAAUGAAAAUAAUGGUUAUUCCGAAAACAUAGAUGAAAGUCAACCAACGAGUCAAAUUGCCAACGAACAAAAAUAA